AUUUCCGUGUAGUUGCAAAGCUGACUACGGAUCCACUUAUUAGAUUUCUUUUUAAAUUGAGUCCACAAAAACAGUUAAUAAAAUUUUCAGUUUUAAUCACAACAUCAACAUCUUACUACCAGACUCCAAAAUAAUACAAAAAACUCUUAAUAAAAUGAUCCCAAUUUCUUUAUAACUUACUCAGAGAAAAAUAACACUACGAUAUAUAUCUUUUUUGAUAGUUUAUGACGUCAGCCAACUUCAGUAUCACUCAUUUUUUUUUCUAAAGAUCUCAUCAUGUUCGUUAUCAUUCGGACAAUCGAUGGAAAAAUCGAAAAAAACUUGCAAAUAUCAAAGACUCUCAGCAUUCGUGACUUCAAGGCACAAGUAGCGAAAAUUUUUUCCAUUGGAAUUCCAUUAAUUCAAUUAUUUUAUCGGGGCAAACAGUUAGAAGAUUGUUACCGAGUACUCGAUUAUCAUCUAAAUCAUCACGAAGUUGUCCAGUUAUUAAUUAAACCUGAAAAAAGUACCGAAGAAACUGAGAGUCCAGAAGAUCUUGAGCCCAGUGAUGAAAAAUGUCAUUCAGCAUCCGUACCUCUAGAGGAAAACGUGUCUAUUAUAAUCAAACAACCAGAGACUUGUCAGUAUCAAUCAGGUGAUCCAGUUGAUUGCAUUAAUGAGGACAAUGGAGCCUGGUUUGAAGCGAUAGUCAAAAAUAUUUACCAAGACACUAGCAGACAGUCUCUAAUUUAUCGAGUUCAAUGGAAGUUUUUGGCAGAUACUGAACCUUUUGACGUAAGGGAACAUAUGAUCAGACCACGGGCUAGACACUGUCUCAGUAUGGAUCAAAUAAAAGUUCAUGAUAGAGUUAUGGUCAAUUACAACGUAGACGAGCCUAAAAAAAUUGGGUAUUGGUACGAUUUUACAGUAACGAGUUUGAAUAAAAGCAGACGUGGUAUAGAAUUAGUAGGAAUUCUUCAUGUCGGCAGUGGUGCCACUGAAGUGAGGAUUGAAAACUGCAAAGUUGAUUCAAGAAAAAAAAUUUAUAAAGUAGAAAAACUAUUGAGCGGAGGUUUAAAUUCAUCUUUGAAUGAAGUAGAUGACAAGCAAAGACCCAUUGCGAUAAUUUGUAAAGUUUGUAAUGACGAUAUAAAUCAGAAGUGCAAAACAUGCGGUUGCUAUGUUUGCUUAGGAAAAGAAAACAGUCGUAAAAUAAUAUUGUGUGAUGAGUGUGAUAAAGCUUAUCACAUAAAAUGUUUGAAUCCGCCCCUUGACAAAGUUCCUGAGGAUGAUUGGUACUGUCCAGAAUGUAAAAUACCCGAUAAUCUAGUAAUUAAAAUGGGAGAAAACUUAAAGUCGAGCAAAAAGAAAAUUAUAGUAGACUUAAAAAAAGGUCAGAAGGAUUGGGGUCGAGGAAUGGGAUGCAUGAGUAGGAUAAAAGAAUGUACAAUAGUUCCAACAAAUCAUAAAGGUCCUGUUCCAGGAAUUGAAGUUGGGAUGAGUUGGAAGUAUCGUUUACAAGUAUCAGAAGCUGGCUUACAUAGACCUCACGUAGCAGGAAUUCACGGCAGAGAAAAUGAAUGUGCAUAUUCGCUGGUUUUGUCAGGCGGAUAUGAAGACGAUGUUGAUAAUGGAGAUGAAUUUUUAUAUACUGGAUCCGGUGGUCGAGAUCUUUCAGGAAACAAAAGAACUGCGGCACAAAGUAGUGAUCAGAAAUUAACAAAAAUGAACAAAGCACUUGCGUUAAAUUGUAAUGCUCAAUUUAACGAUGUAGAAGGUGCUACUGCAACAGACUGGCAAAAAGGAAUUCCUGUUCGAGUUAUAAGAGCUGCGAAAAUGAGGAAACAUCCACAAUCUCGAAUGUAUGCACCCGAAGAAGGUUUUCGAUAUGAUGGAAUUUAUAAAGUAGUAAAAUAUUUUCCGGAAAAAGGAAAAAGCGGUUUUCUUAUUUGGCGUUACCUUUUACGCCGAGAUGACUCUACCCCUGCUCCUUGGACCUCUGAAGGAAAACAAAGAGUCAAGAACUUGGGCUUACGAAUGAUUGACUACGAUUCAUCUACUAAGAUAUCGAUGACAAAACCAAAAGAAAGCGAAAUAAAUCCCCCGAAAAAACAUUCAAAACGCAAGAGAAAUAAAUUAGCGAAAGAAGAUGAAAAAAACGAUUCAAAAAAACCUAAAAUUCAUUAUGAAUUGGAACAGGAUUUGGUUGAGUUAAUUAAUGGCGAUAAGCUUAACAAGAAAGUUUGGAAAGAUUGUUGCUCUCUACUUCCUGAAGGAAAAGUUAACUUUAUAAACAACGUCAUUGACAGAUUUACAUGUGUUUGCUGUCUAGAAAUAGUAUGGAACCCGAUAACAAUCAAAUGUUUGCAUAAUAUCUGCCAAAAUUGUAUGCAAAGAAGUUUCAAAGCUGAUGUCUACACAUGUCCUGUUUGUCGACAUCCUAUAAAAAAAACUCUGUUAGCGAAUGUAAAUAAACCACUUGCAAAAGCUCUUGAAAAUUUAUUUCCAGGAUAUGGUAGUGGAAGAAUCUAGUAAUUAAUGACACUAGUAUUUAUAAAAUAAAAUGAUAUUUUUGUUAAUAAAAUUAAA